GUGAUGCGAUGCUGUCCUGCAAUGCCACUGCAGUGUUCAUCUUGCGUCAGUGUCAGGUACGAAGGAACCUCCCGUCGUUCAACUGUUCGCUGUUGUGGGAAUUUGGCAGCGCCGUUGCGUCAAUUCACGUGUGUUUGGCGUCAAGCGCCUGUUGCGAUCUACUGGUGCGCGAUAUGGUUAGCCUGCUGUGAAACAUGGGCCCACUUAGUGGGGAAGGGGAGGAACGGUACGGAUUUAUCCGUACGGAUUACGGAUUACUCGAGGCACCUUCGCGCUCAGUGAUUGAACCUCGCUUCGUCCCUCCUUCACCACGAUCACCAGAAUGACACCGACAAAGGCAACGGUCGUUCAAGACUCGGAGCGGGCGAGCAACAUUCCGCCAGUUCAGGACGUUACACAGCCGUUGGAAUUGCGCUCGAAGCGAACCGAGCGACGCCGCAGGAAGCUGGAGAAGCGAGCACUUUCAAAGCCAUCGCCAAACUCACAACUCCGAGGGUUUAUGGACUUGCCCAUCGAGCUUUUGCUGCAAAUCCUGGAAAUCCUGCGGCCGAGCGACAUCUUUGUCCUCGGACGAGUCAACAAAACGCUCCACGCCUUUUUGAUGGACCAGGAAACGAGGAUCGCAAGGAAUAUCAUCAACCUUCGUUAUCCCAUCCUUGAGCGAUGUCUGCUCCGUCCGGUUCUCAUGGAAGCCAUCGAUUCGGCCAUCCAACCACUCCUCAAACAGCCGGACCGCCCGGACCUCCUAUUAUCGCACCGCGUCGUCGCGCACCAGAACAUCCCGCCCCCCGACAACAGCCUGCAUUGCACCUGUCUUACUUGCCUGAUGCGAUGGAACGCGCUCUGUGCCGUCGUCGACUUGGCACAUUGGCAGGACAAUCUAGACAAGGGCGAGCCGAUCCCGACGAUUCCCCGUGGCAUGGAUGCUUCCUGGAACCGUGAACUCCUUGCAAGGCACCGUCGGGUCGUCAUCAAUGCUUUGACCAGCCCACUGUGGUACGCCCGACUCCUCGAGGCCCAUCUCGACUCGACCGCGAGGUCCAUUCGUCGCCACGGUCUCAACAAAACAGACCAGCGCCCUCAUUUCCACAUCACCGACGAGGACCAGCGGGUGGGCACAGACAGCUUUCUGCAGCGGAAAGGCCCGCCCACCGUCGAGUAUCCGUACGCUCGCGACUUUUAUUACAUGCUCGAGGCCUUUCUGCCGUGCCGAAACUGGGUCGAAGCGAGGCAGCAGUGGGUUUACGUCUCGCAGGCACAGGAAUGGCAUGAGAUCGACCUCCGCAUGCUGGUGGACAUGGACGCUAUGAAACGGCAGCAGAGUGCCCCGCCCAUUCAAGUUUCCAAUCCGUCGCUGCCACGGUGUGACAACAGAUGCUUGAUUGCCAGAAUGGGCGAUCUAUACCGGCAUUACGGAACACGGAGCCUUUGGGAAAAGUACGAGGUACUCAAGUGUCCGGUGGUGGAGGUGACGGAAGUUUGGGUUGAAGAUGAAAGUCAUGGAAGACAGCCGUCGGCGCUUGUCGAGACUAAAACUGUCUCGUCGUCGGACGUUGACAACUGGCUCGAAGAGCCACCUCGCCACCAUUUCCCGGCCGGCGCCUACACUCGGUCAGCUCGUCUCGUCUGGGUGGGCCAAGACGGCGAUCAGCGGCGGUUGAGCCCGUCAACGAUGAUACUGGAGAGCCUGGCCGACGCGUGGAAGCUCCAGGAUGCGCUGAGCUACACCCGGGGUUGUUUUGCUGGAGUGUCGGCAUUGGCUGCAGAUGGUGAUGCCCAAGUCUUCACGGUUGCUUACCACCCGAAAUUGGCCAUGGCAUGGUCUCACAGGGGGGGUUCCUCUGAAUCGGGCCCUCAAACGCACACCAUCAUCUUUGCCGAGGGCGAGGAACGGGCCGAGCUUCGCCGCAUUCUCCGGUCCGAGUGGAGUGCAGCGACCGCGAAGCACUCCAUGUUCCCUGCUUUGCUGUGCAGCCUGAUGCUCGCCCACAGUCUGGACACCACGUUGGCGGACAUCAAGGCGGCCGUGAGGGAGGUCGAGGCACGCACCGGGCACCACCGAUUUGCCUCGCGGCGCCAGACACAGCCCGCGGCUGGCGAACUGGGUCAUCUCUCAGCGCAGAUGAGCGGAUGCGCCGCCAAGCUGGCCAACGGGACGCGCAAGAUGAAGGUCGUCGAAGCCAUCAACGAGUUCAUCGCCCAACAUACGCUCCAGCCACCUCACCUGUCGACAAACCCUGGAGAGCCAUUCUCCAAGACACACAUCGACCUCCUCCGGCACCGUGUCCAGAUGCAGGCCGUCGACACCGCCUACGUGCAGCAACGGGUGCAGAUCCAGAUCGCGGCGCUGUUCCAUCUCAUUGCGCAGCAGGAUAAUGCCAUCGCCUUCGACACGGCCAGCGCGACGCGCAGCAUUGCCGCGUCGAGCCUGCAGGACUCGUCCUCGAUGAAGAUGUUGGCCCUGGUCGCCAUGUUUUUUCUGCCCGGCAGCUUUGUCGCGGCGCUCUUCUCGGCACCCCUGUUUGCGUGGGACGAGGCCCUGGCCAGUGGGGAGAUUGCGGUUGCCACGAGGCCUCAGUUUGCACUGUUUUGGGCGGUUACCGCGCCGUUGACUGCUGUCGUUUUUGUGCUCUAUGGUGUGUGGAUGUGUAUACAAGGGAGGAGGGAGCGGGGACAGCGUCGCAGUGCAAGUCAGCUAGAUAUUGUUUGA